AUGGAGGGACAUUACAAAGUGAUUACAGUUCCUGUUGUGUUAAAGGGUAGUGGAAACUACCUGUUGUGGUCUAGGUUGGUGAAGACAGCCAUUCGGAGGCUAGGGUUGUGGAGCCACAUCACAGAUGAGGCGCCGAAGCCAGUGGCCAAAGACGGAGAAGGAAGUGAGGAUGGUGGAGAGCUCACCGCAGCAGUCGAGAAGAAAUGGAUUCAAGAUGAUCUCAUGGUGCUUUCUGUUCUACAAGGGUCACUUGAAGUUCAUCUCCUAGACGCCUAUAGAUACUGUGAGACUCCUAAACACCUAUGGGAAACACUUCUAAAGAUCUUUGGGAACACUACCAAUCUGAGCCUGGUGUUUGAGCUCAAGAGAGCCAUCAACAACCUUGCGCAAGAAGAGGAGGAGUUCUCCAAACACUUGGGAAAGUAUAGAUCUCUAUGGUCUGAGCUAGAAACCCUGAGGCCAAGCACCAUUGAUCAAGAGACGCUCAUGGAGAGGCGCGAGCAAGAUCAAGUGUUUGGACUGAUGCUGACACUGAACCCGGCCUUCAAUGAUGCUAUCAAGCACAUUCUGAGGUCCCCAAACCUUCCAUCUAUGGAGGAAGUGUGUGCACAACUUCAGAAAGAAAAAGGAUCACUCGGCUUGUUUGGUGGGAAAGGAUACAUGGCGCUAUCAAACAAGGCUGGGGGGAUCCAACCAGCCAAAUUCAACAAGGAGAGGGAGGGAAGAGCUCACCUUUCCGCGGAGACAAGUGAAGCUGGUGCAUCAGGAGCUGGCUCAUCUGCUCAUGCGGGUGAAAGUGAAGGAAGAGCCUUAGCCUCUCACCAAGGAGCCAGGAAGAACAUGGAGCAUGAGGUGAUUAGGAAGUCUGACAUUGAUGCCCUGAUCAAAGCCCUUAAAGAGUCUGGUAAAACACUCGGAAACACCCUUGGUUAUUCAUAUGCAGCUCAUGUGAUGCCUAGGACUUGUGAUAGCUUGCUAAAGAACCUUGAAAACAUGAGAAUAGGAUCUGAUAAACAUGAGACAUAUGCUGCUGAUAAAAUGCCUAGAAAUGAUUAUGGAUUGCUUGAUGUCAUUGGUAGAUUGAAACUGAUAAAGGAAUCACCUAGAAAUUACCUUGCUCGCGGUUUAAAACCAUUGAUAAUUGAUUCAGGAGACUUGAAACUGUUUAACAAGGAUUCUGAAGCUUUGUACAUGCUUGAGUUCACUUCUAAUUUGCUAUCUAUGAGUGUGCAAAAGAGAUUCUGGAGUGAUGCUGUGAUCACAACUUAUUAUCUGAUCAAUAGGAUACCAACCAGGAUCUUAGAAGAUCAGGCACCUUAUGAAGUUCUCAACAAAUGCAAGCUGGUACUAGAUCAUCUGAGGGUGUUUGGAUGUAUAAGCUAUGUCUUAGCUCCGGGAGAGACAAGAAACAAGCUUGAAGCAAAGAGUAUAAAGGCUAUGAUGAUUGGAUACUCAACUACACAGAAAGGAUACAAGUGUUUUGUUCCAGAAACAAGGAGAGUACUUGUAUCUAGAGAUGUGAAGUUCUUUGAAGAGAAGAGCUACUAUGAGGAUAGGGAAUGGAAAGACUUGAAGGAUCUUUCACAACCUUCAGAUAGAGCUACAAGCUUGAGACAUAUACUAGAAGGACUUGGGAUUGGAGUGUCCCAGGAUUCGAAUGAGGAUCAUUCAUCUGCAGUACAAGAAGCUGAAGAACCAUCCCACAUUGAUCAUGAGGGAGGGAAUGGAACCGAUGUUGAUGAGCAUGGUGGCGGCAAUCAAGAUUUUGUGCAUCAUCCUGAUCAAAGUGGGAUACAAGAUGAAGAGGAAACUGGUAAUGGAGAGCACCAGGAACAAGGAGAAGUAGAAACAAAUGAAGAAGAAGCACCAGAACAAGUGGAGCAAGCUGUGGAGCAUCCCUCUCAGGCUGUGUUUUCUUUUGCCAAUUAUCCAAAUGAGCAUUGUGCAUUCGUGAUGAGCUUAGAUGAAAGCUUUGUGCCGAGAUCAUAUGAAGAAGCAAUGCUACAUGAAGAUUGGAAAGAAUCAGUUGGUGAUGAAGCUAGUGUUAUGAUCAAGAAUGAUACAUGGUAUGAAAGUGAAUUGCCAAAGGGGAAGAAGGCAGAAGCUAGUAGGGCAGCUGAUAUAUCUUACCAUCACACGGCUAGACGUAUGCUUUGCUGUAAACCAAGUGAGCAAGCACAUGCAAGUCCCAAAGGAGCAUCAUUGGCGUAUGGUGGAAAGGAUCCUCUUGUAUCUGAAUGGUACUUCAAGCCUUGGUGUCUGGAUGAGAUGCAACAAGAGUACUGA